AAAAAAAAAAAAAUGAUUCAAACUUAUAGCAAAGUGUAUUCUUGGCUAUUUGUUGUACUCAUUCCAUUAUACUUGUCUUUACAAUUACUAAAAGCAAACACAAAUAUUUCAACCACAUUACAACUAUUCAAUCACACCUUUCCGAAAUCCAACCCUCAUAGUAACACUUGGACAUUUCGAGAGCACUGGCCUCUUUCACAACCGAAACGACGAAGAACCCAGCAAAAUACCGAUGAAAAGUACCUGACAUUUUUCACCCACAGUGGUUUUCAAAACCAAUUGAUACAAGUGGAAAAUGGGAUUUUACUAGCUUGGUAUUUAAAUCGGACUCUUAUUUUACCAAAAGCUGUGCUGGGCCAAGCAUUUGGCUGGUCUCAUUUCGAAAGACUAUAUCAACACCAUACUUUGCGUGAUACAUCCAACCCAUUUUGUGCUCGUUUCACCAAGAAAAAGGAUCGAAAAUUAGCUUCCUGUCCAGACCCAAACAAGUAUGCAUUGGCCUCGUUUGAGGAUCUCUUUGAUCUAUCAUGGGCCAAACAACAUGUCAGAAUCGAACAACGCGAUGCCUCGGAUUUCCAUUGGCUACAGUAUCACUAUGGCAUUCAUACCGGGAAUCAUCAUCAGUCACACGGUUCAUAUGUCGACGGCGACAUUUUCUUCUUUAAGGAUGAGACGAGAUAUGAUUGGCGCAUUUACGACAUGCCAAACAAGUACAAAUUCCUAGGAAGAUAUGCAGAUAGUUUACAAGUAGAGGAAUUACAAAACCACUCGGAAAAACUCAUUCAUUUCACAAGCUUGUUUGGUACCGGUAAAUUUUCAAUCAAGAAUCCUCAGAACAUGCAGUUUUUCAAGUCGCUGCAGAACAGUAUCACUUAUAGACAUCCGGCUGUUUUAAAGAUUUCUCAUAGCGUCAUUGGCGCAUUGGGUGGUUCCCGGAAUUUCCUGGGCGUGCAUCUCCGAACAGCAGAUGGGUUGUUUAUUGACGCGGUGCCUGAAAAUAUUCAAAAUAUCAUUCAAAGAAUUCCAGCCACGUCUAUCCCACUCAUCAACACAACCGAUUUACCACUCUCCACUUGUGUGACCUUGGCCCAACAGAACCAAACCACGCUCGUCUUCUUAGCCACUGAUGCUAUUCAACCUAGAUCCAACCCUCAAUUCCAACCCCUCUGGUCUCAUUCACCUUGUACAUUCACCCUCAAUGAAAUCUUACCACCACAGCAUCCCACCUGGCACCACGUCGAUGCCUAUCGUACCCAUACCGGUGAAAGUAUGAGGCGCUUCUUGACUCCUCUGAUGGAUGCCCUGGUGGCCAGUCAAGGAAGUGCGUUUAUUGGGUCCAAAGGGUCCACCUUCUCGGGUUAUAUACGUAGAUUACAUCAUACAAAACGAAAUGUAUUUUAAAGUAGCUGGUUCUACUACUCUUUUUUUGUACAUAGAAUAGACUUUUUUUUUUGAA